GGAGCCUGCGCCGGGCUGCGCCUGGAGGUGCGGGGCGGGCUCGGAGCGCUCGCGGGGAGGCUCCAGCCGGAGCGGCGUUGGCUGGAGCGCGCUCCCUCUCCGCUUCCAUCCUCCUCCCCCGGAUGGGCCCCAGCGCCACGCCAGGUUGCCCUCCGCUGCCGUCAGCACGCUCCCCUGCUCCCUUCUUGGCGCUUUCCUCCCGAACCAUCCUUCUGGACAAACUUUGAUGGAGAAUUUCACACCACGCUGGAAAAAUGCCGGUUAUGAAAGGAUUACUGGCGCCCCAGAACACCUUCCUCGACACCAUCGCCACCCGUUUUGACGGAACACAUAGCAACUUCAUCCUUGCGAAUGCCCAGGUGGCUAAGGGGUUCCCCAUAGUCUACUGUUCUGAUGGCUUCUGUGAGCUCGCUGGAUUCGCCCGGACUGAAGUCAUGCAGAAGAGUUGCAGCUGCAAAUUCUUAUUUGGAGUUGAAACCAAUGAGCAGCUGAUGCUUCAAAUAGAAAAGUCAUUGGAGGAGAAAACAGAAUUCAAAGGAGAAAUUAUGUUCUACAAGAAGAACGGGUCUCCAUUUUGGUGCCUAUUGGAUAUUGUUCCUAUAAAGAAUGAGAAAGGAGAUGUGGUACUUUUUCUGGCCUCAUUCAAAGAUAUAACAGAUACAAAAGUGAAGAUUACUCCAGAAGAUAAAAAAGAAGACAAAGCCAAAGGAAGAUCAAGAGCAGGCACCCACUUUGACUCAGCCCGGAAACGGAGUCGAGCUGUCCUUUAUCACAUCUCUGGGCACCUGCAAAGAAGAGAAAAGAACAAAUUGAAAAUAAAUAACAAUGUUUUUGUAGAUAAACCAGCAUUUCCGGAGUAUAAAGUUUCUGAUGCAAAAAAGUCCAAAUUCAUACUUUUGCAUUUUAGCACUUUUAAAGCUGGCUGGGACUGGCUUAUUCUGUUGGCGACGUUUUAUGUUGCCGUGACCGUACCUUACAACGUUUGCUUUAUUGGCAACGAUGACCUGUCCACGACUCGGAGCACAACAGUCAGUGACAUUGCAGUGGAGAUUCUUUUUAUUAUAGAUAUUAUUUUAAAUUUCCGAACAACCUAUGUCAGCAAGUCUGGCCAAGUUAUCUUUGAAGCGAGAUCAAUUUGCAUCCACUAUGUCACAACCUGGUUCAUCAUUGAUUUAAUUGCCGCUCUGCCUUUUGAUCUCCUGUAUGCUUUCAACGUCACAGUGGUGUCUCUCGUGCAUCUCCUGAAGACAGUCCGGCUGCUGCGUCUUUUGCGUCUCCUGCAGAAGUUGGACCGUUAUUCUCAGCAUAGCACAAUCGUCCUGACUCUGCUCAUGUCCAUGUUUGCACUUCUUGCACACUGGAUGGCGUGUAUCUGGUAUGUCAUUGGAAAAAUGGAGAGGGAAGACAACAGCCUUCUGAAGUGGGAAGUUGGCUGGCUCCAUGAGUUGGGAAAGAGACUAGAAUCUCCAUACUACGGCAACAAUACCUUGGGGGGCCCAUCGAUCCGAAGUGCCUAUAUUGCCGCUCUGUACUUCACCCUCAGCAGCCUCACCAGUGUUGGGUUUGGGAAUGUCUCUGCUAAUACAGAUGCAGAAAAGAUCUUCUCCAUCUGCACCAUGCUGAUUGGUGCCUUAAUGCAUGCCUUGGUGUUUGGAAACGUGACAGCGAUCAUACAGAGGAUGUAUUCCAGGUGGUCUCUCUAUCACACUAGAACUAAGGAUCUGAAGGACUUCAUACGGGUCCAUCACCUGCCCCAGCAGCUCAAGCAGAGGAUGCUUGAAUAUUUCCAAACAACCUGGUCAGUCAACAAUGGAAUAGAUUCAAAUGAGCUUUUGAAAGACUUUCCAGACGAGCUGCGUUCUGACAUCACUAUGCAUUUGAACAAGGAAAUCCUCCAGUUGUCCCUUUUUGAAUGUGCCAGCCGGGGCUGCCUCAGGUCUCUGUCUCUACACAUCAAAACCUCUUUCUGUGCUCCGGGGGAGUAUCUGCUUCGUCAAGGAGAUGCUUUGCAGGCCAUCUACUUUGUAUGCUCAGGCUCCAUGGAAGUUCUUAAAGACAGCAUGGUGCUGGCUAUUCUUGGGAAAGGGGACUUAAUUGGAGCAAAUCUAUCAAUUAAGGACCAAGUGAUCAAGACCAACGCAGAUGUGAAGGCUUUAACCUACUGUGAUCUUCAGUGCAUCAUCCUCAAAGGACUCUUUGAAGUGCUAGACCUUUACCCAGAGUAUGCUCACAAGUUUGUGGAAGACAUUCAGCAUGACCUCACAUACAACCUUCGAGAAGGUCAUGAGAGUGAUGUGAUAUCAAGAUUAUCGAAUAAAUCUACAGUCUCACAGUCGGAGCCCAAGGGAAAUGGCAGCAUCAACAAAAGACUCCCAUCCAUUGUGGAAGAUGAAGAGGAGGAGGAGGAAGGGGAGGACGAGGAGACAGUCUCCCUUUCUCCCAUCUACACGAGGGGAGCCUCCUCUGCACGCAGCAAAAAGGGUGGAAGCAAUAAAAGCUAUCUAGGCUUAAGCUUGAAGCAGCUGGCUUCAGGCACUGUGCCAUUUCACUCACCCAGCAGAGUCUCCAGUUCACAUUCCCCAAAAAACAAACAGGAAAUCGACCCACCUAACCAUGGUAAAAGGAAAGAGAGAAACUUGAAAUUGCAACUUUCAGCUUUGAAUAGUGCUGGACCCCCAGACCUCAGUCCAAGGAUUGUUGAUGGAAUUGAAGAUGGAAAUAGCAGUGAGGAAAGUCAGACUUUUGACUUUGGCUCUGAACGCAUCAGACUGGAGCCCAGAGUCUCCCCACCUCUUGGAGACCCAGAGAUUGGAGCUGCUGUUCUCUUCAUUAAAGCAGAGGAGACCAAACAGCAAAUAAAUAAACUCAACAGUGAGGUAACGACAUUGACUCAGGAGGUCUCUCAGUUAGGUAAAGACAUGAGGAAUGUGAUGCAACUUCUAGAAAAUGUUCUUUCACCUCAGCAACCGUCACGGUUUUGCUCUCUGCACUCCACAUCCGUGUGUCCCUCCAGGGACAGCUUACAGACCAGGAUGACCUGGAGCACACACCAACCUUGCCUACACUUACAAGCUGGGGGAGCUGCUUAUACUCAAGCACAACUCUGUCAUGGUAAUGUCACCUCACACAUUUGGAGUGUGGAUCCCUCCUCUGUGGGGAGCAGCCCCCAGCGAACUGGAGCUCAUGAGCAAAAUCCAGCUGACACUGAACUUUAUCAUUCUCCAAACCUUGAUUAUUCACCUGCGCACUACCAGGUCGUCCAAGAAGGUCAUCUGCAAUUUUUAAGGUGCAUCUCCCCACAUUCAGAUUCUACACUGACACCUCUGCAGUCCAUUUCAGCGACCCUCUCAUCCUCCCUCUGCUCCUCCUCAGAAACGUCCUUGCAUCUGGUUCUCCCAAGCAGAUCAGAGGAGGGCAGCUUCAGCCAAGGAGUCACGAGUUCCUUCAGUCUGGAAAACUUGCCAGGAUCUUGGGACAGGGAAGGAGCAGCAUCAAUCUCUACGGAACCCUUGGAAAACUUUCCACUGGAAGUUGUCACAAGCACAGCAGAAAUGAAAGAUAGUAAAGCCAUAAACGUAUGAUAUUUGCGCACGUGCAGCAGCUGCCAGUUCCAAACCCACCACUGCAUGACAGCUUUAGUUUGCCUUUUUUGCCUCGGGCAGGUGUGAAGACUGGGCUAAGCUGGGAGUCCUGCAGGAGCGUGCGUGAGGAGCCAGCCGAAGGCGAGCCACAUCCAUACUGUAGCAAGCACUUGCUAGAUCCUUAGGAACAUAGCAGAAACCGUUCCCUCUACAGGCAUUCACUUACCCGUCUGUUUCACAGACUUUUUAAAAGUCCAAAGACCCUGAGGGUCUGAGCAGCUAGAAGUUCCAGACAAAGAAUCUGUGGAUUCAUUUUGUCCUAGGUGACUUUUGUGAAAUGCAGCAAAGGUUUUUCCUGAGUGCCUGCUUGUCGUUCCUGAACAAUAUCCAUAGCACUGUUGGCCUCUGGAGUGCACAGCUCCUGCUGAUCUAUUUUUCUUUUUGUGAAGGCAAAGGGACAAUUAUCACUGCAUGUCAUCUCCUAGACAAUCAGUCAAAUAGAGCUGGUGGCCAGUGGUUAGCUAUUGCACGUUACUUGCCAUGUAAAUGAACAUGUCUUUAUUUAUCGAAAAAAAAAAAGAGAGGCUAUUUUUAUAUCCUUGGUAUGAAAUAUGUAUUUAAACUAUUUAAAAUAUUUAUAAAGAAAUGAAUGUUUUCUUUUCAUUUUGGUAAAAAAAGAAAAAGCUUGCCGUCUUAAGAAAUGCACUACUGUUAUGUAUAGUAGAUCAAAAACUAUUUAUUAUUAAGAGGAUGUAGUUUCAAAAGGAAUCCCCCCUUUUAUUUGCAUGCAGUUUGCAACAAAUGUAUCCUCACACUUCGGGAUUACAAAGAAACAGUGAGGUCAUAUUUUAUUAAUGAAAUAAAAACAUGGACUGAGUGUCAAAUAUGUGGGCUCUGGCAUGGUGGUAGGCAGGGCUCCACCUCGUUAGGCUCUGCUGACUCACGCCAACGACCCGAAUUAAGGCUGCCCCCACUGUGCUGGCAUAAAUGUCUCCCCUCCAGGCAUCAAACUUCAUUGUUCAGGAACCCAAAAUUGGUCUGUGGGAUAUGAGAUCUCAACUACUUUAAGCCAUUCUGAUCUCAAAAUGAGGGAGAGAACCUUGGCUGUAUGCUUCCUUUGUGCUAUUCUUGAGGGAGAGAUUAUACACCAGUGCAAAUUCCAAAAGGGAGCCCAGACUUCUGAGCAAUGACUUGUGAGAGUAGUAAGGCCAGCUUACACUGGAUCAGUGUUUUCAUUUUUUUCUGUAAAGCUCUCAACAAAGCUGUAAGUUAUGCAGCGCAGGUGUUUUCAUUCUCAUUUUGCAAAGAGAUAAAAAGAGAUUACACAGCUCAGAUGCCGGAGAUGGUCUAGAACCUAUAAUUCUCCCUGCAUCUCAGCCAAAUGCAAAUUCAGAUGCUGGCUUGGGAAUGGUUUAAACACCUUCACUCAACUUUUAUUUGUUUUGGGUUUUUUUUAAAAGAUUUUAUUUAUUUAUUUCAGAGAGUGAGCACAAGCCUGAGCAGGGGGAGGGGCAGAGGGAGAAGCACACUCCCCCCUGAGCAGGGAGCCCCAUGUGGGGCUCCAUCCCAGGACCCUGGGAUCAUGACCUGAGCCGAAGGCAGACGCUUAACCAACUGAGCCACCCAGGCACCUCUCAACUUUUAUUUGAUGUUUAAGGACAUUUAGGGCCAAAUCAUCCCAGACAUUCUUAGAAAACAUCCCAUUUACAUUCUGGAGUCUCAGGUUCUUUUUUUUGCAUCACAAAAAAUAAACAGUCUGAGAAUUGUAUCAUUAAAAACAUCUAAACAAACCAAAAGCUCUGAUGUGUGAAUCUUGUACCCUAAAAUUGGCUGGGCAGCAGAAAGAAAUCUGUAUGAAAAAGGAAAUAGUACGUGUGUAUCAACAUAUUACUCAAGACAAUGCGUUCUACUUCUCCACCUCCAAAAUUUAAUCUCUCCUUACCUAAGUGAAUGGGAAAAUUGAGGCAAAGGCAGCUUUCUAGAUUUAAAGUACUCAGGUUUGUAUUAAUUCUCCCUUUUGUUCUCCUGACCUAUAUAGUCAUUUUUAGUACCAUUCAAAAAGAACGGUAUUAGUGUGUGAAUAUUCUUCUGGCAAACUAGCACUAAUUAUUGAUGCUAACAAUAAUGACUGACAUUCUGUUUUUUGAGUAGUGACUCUGUACCAACAUAUAUUUAGAAUUUAACAUGUUAUAUUUCCUCAUAUAAUUGUCAAACAAUGCUAAAAAUGACUUACUAUUAUCCUCAUUUUGUAAAUGAAUAAUUGGGCCAUGGACUUUUUUUUAACUUACCCAGUCACAUUGUUUUAAAUGAUAAAUCCAAUAACCCAUAGCCACUCGGUAUCCUCUUCAUGUCCAGAUCUGUUCUUGCUGUCUUUUAAAACUUUACUAGUAAUUACUUCCUUUUGAAAUCUGUGAAUAGAAUAAAAUAAAAUAUUUGUGUGUUUUUUUUUUUUUUUAAGGAAGCAUACAGAUGGGACAAAUUAGCUAACCUGUGAGGAUUUGAGGAAGCCCCUGUGAAAUGUCUGGAAACAUGCCCAUAUUUUUCCAGCCAGUCUCUCCUCUGUAUCUGCACUUAAUGGCUGACCUUAGGCAUAAGAAUCAGAUACCUGCCCUCAUAGGUCUGCAGCUGGAUGAAAAUGAAUGAUCACCCAUAGUAAGUGAGGGCUCUCAUUGAUUUCUUAGAGGAGGGCACCUACUUCAGUCCCAACUUACUCUUUAUUCACCUUUUCCCUCAUCAUCAUUAUUCUGAGCAGAACUCCUCCAUAUCCUGGGCAGCCAGAAUGACACAUUUUGCUUUGUUUGUUUAUGUCUGUUGUGAUAUUAUUCCAGGAAAUGAGAAUCCCAAGUUUUUCUAGGUAUUUGAUUUUCCAAACAUUAUUGCAAUGUAAGUAGCAGAAGCCCUUGUCUACUUAUCAGGGAUGCAUGUUUGGAUCUCUACCUACCAACUCUGCUGAAGAAGCAAAACAGGGAUCCAGAAGAAAGAAAAGCACUUAUUUUCUUGGUCAAGUAUAUUUUCUUUAAAACAAUACUGAGGACUAAAGUCUUCUGUGUAGCUCUAAUUAAGAGAACCAGACAGAUUAACAGGACUUUAUUUUAAUUCAACGUAAGAAAUUUCUGGUAAUUAAAGCCACUUACAAAUGGAGUUUAUUGCCUUGAGAGAUGGUAAAAUCACUAAUAAAGUGUCCUUUGAGAGGUUGCAUAACUACGUGACAGGAAAAUUGUUUUCCAGAAGGAUUCUGUAUUGGGUGGGAGGUUAACAGAAUACAUGCAUCAGAAUCACAUGGGGUGCUUGCUUAAACUUUAGAUCUGGCUUCAACCAAGUGCCUUUGGGUGGGGCCUGAUAUCUCCCACUUAAACUCCCUGGGUGAUUUAUAUGCACUAAAUAUUGGGAAAUAUUGGUAUGGAAUCUAUAGUAGUACAAGACUGAGUCCUACCUAAUUUAUACACAGGUGGACUAGCAUCUACAUUCUGUUAAAGAUAGGUCUGAGUCUGUCAUUGUAUCAGAAAGACCUGGUCAACCUCUAUAUCAGUAGUUUCAAACUUCUGUUCAAAUGAUGUAUUUCCAGGGGAUCUUAAUAAAAUUGAGAUUUUAGGGACCUGAUUCCUAAGAUAUGGGCUGGGUCCCAAGCAAUUCUGAUAUAGAUGUUCCAGGGAACAAACUCCAGAAACGUUACCCUAAGCUGUGUCAUCAUCCCUUAGAUAAUGAGUAGUUGGUUCUGUGGGGGGCAGACCAGCUAGAGUCAAACAAUCAAAACUGACAAUUAUGUACCAUACUGUUUCCAUGGCAUUCUUAAU